GUUCAGAGUUCAUACAUUACAGUAAAAAUAGGGUAGUCUUUGGCUGGCUCGUUGGGAAUAAUAAACAGCUCGGUGGUCACAGAACUUGAACGAAUGCCACCGCACCGACAACCGGCGGGGUAAAUCGGAAAUGGCACUGAGCUAAUCGGCGCACACUGUUACCUUCUUCUUCUCGGUGGAUUCAUACAACCACAGGCUAGCUGGGGUGCUAACGUUAGCACGCUAGCUCGCCCAGGAGAACAUAGCAACCGCUGCUCGCUAACGUCACUGGACUAGUACUGUUUACUCUGAAAGACUGCGGCUAUGUUCGUCCAGGAGGAGAAGAUCUUCGCCGGGAAAGUGUUAAAAAUACACAUCUGCACCAUGGACGGCACGGAGUGGCUGGAGGAGGUCACGGAAGACACCACUGUUGAUAAACUCAAAGAGAAGUGCUUGAAACAUUGUGUGCAUGGAAGUCUUGAAGACCCCAAAACACUUACCCACCAUAAACUAAUACAUGCUGCUACAGAGAGAGUCCUCACUGACACCAAAACCGUCGCAGAAGAAAACCUCAAAGAUAAAGAAGUGUUGCUGCUCAUAAAGAAAAGACCACCACCAACCCCUCCCAAGAUGGCAGAAGUUGGUGCAGAUGAGAAGAAGAAACAAGAUAACAAGGCUCCAGACAAAGAUGCAAUUUUGAAAGCCACUGCCAGCCUGUCCACGCGCCACACAGACCGUACUGUUGCCCAACAUAACAUCAGAGAUUUUCAGACGGAGCUUAGAAAAAUUCUGGUUUCUCUCAUUGAAGUGGCCCAGAAGCUUCUUGCCUUGAACCCUGAUGCUGUAGAACUCUUCAAAAAGGCAAAUGCGAUGUUAGAUGAAGAUGAAGAGGAUCGGGUGGAUGAAACGGCCCUUCAGCAGCUCACAGAGAUGGGUUUCCCUGAGAGCAGAGCCAUCAAAGCUCUUAGAUUAAACCACAUGUCAGUGACACAGGCGAUGGAGUGGCUUAUCGAGCAUGUAGAUGAUCCUUCUGUAGACACACCCAUGCCAGGCCAGGACUCUUCUGGUACAGCAGGAGCCACAGCAGCUGCCACCGCAGCUGCCACCGCAGGUCCCUCAGCCUCAGCCUCAGCCUCAGCUUCAGCCUCAGCUUCAGCCUCAGCUUCAGCCUCAGCCGCAGCCUCAGCCUCAGCCUCAGCCUCAGCCUCAGGCUUAUCCUCUACUCCUAACCUCCUCCGCAGCCUCUCCAGCCAGUCGAGCACAGAAGAAAGCAGCAGGCAGGACGAACUCACAGAGAUCUUCAAGAGGAUCCGCAGGAAACGGGAGUUCAGACCAGACUCAAGAGCUGUCAUUGCAUUGAUGGAGAUGGGAUUUGAUGAAAAGGAGGUGAUUGAUGCUCUGAGGGUGAAUAACAACCAACAAGAUGCAGCGUGUGAGUGGCUGCUGGGAGACAGGAAACCUUCUCCUGAAGAUAUGGACAAAGGCAUCGACACCAACAGCCCACUGUUCCAGGCCAUUCUGGAGAAUCCAGUGGUGCAGUUGGGUUUAACCAAUCCUAAGACUCUGCUAGCGUUUGAAGACAUGCUGGAGAAUCCUCUGAACAGCACCCAGUGGAUGAACGACCCGGAGACCGGCCCUGUAAUGCUCCAAAUAUCCAGAAUCUUCCAGACCCUCAAUCGCACAUAGAGCCUCCUGGUGACCUCCCCUGAAUGACUGUGGCAGCUUGUGUGUGUGUGUGUGUGGUGUGUGUGUGUGUGUGUGUGUGUGUGAGACCAUAUUGGGAUGUAUGAAGGUGUGUUUGGAUGUGUGAGAGUCUGAGUGUGGCAGAGACACAAGUAUUGUUUUUGCCUUGAAAAGACAAAGCGGGAGGGGUCAAAGUAUGAAUUAAGAUAUUCUACAUAUAACUAUUUAUAUCAGUACGGUAAAAAAAAAAAAA